UUCUCCAGAAUGGGUUGGCUUGUGCGCUUUCUCUCUCACAGCGUGGUAUCCGGAUUCACCUCGGGGGCGGCUCUCUUGGUGUGCGUCUCCGUGGCAAAGGACAUUCUCGGCUUCUCCAUGCCGGGCCAAACCACGUUUGUGGCAGCACUCUCGCACAUAAUCAAGCAGAUUGUGGCGGGGCGGGCGCACUGGCAGCCCAUGGCGCUGGGAGGGGGCGCGCUGCUGCUGCUGCUGCUGAUGAAGGAGGCCGGCAAGAGCUGGAAGUCGCUGCAGGCGCUGCGGUGUGCGGGGCCCUUCACCAGCAUUGUCAUCGGAGCACUGGUGGUCAAGUGGUGGCGGCCUGAACACGUUCCAGUGUGGUGGCGGCCUGAACACGUUCCAGUGGUGGGCGAAAUCCCCCAGGGUUUGCCCUCCCUCUCCACGGCCUUCCCCUGGGAGUACCUGCCCAAGCUGCUGCCCACAGCGCUGGUCAUCACCGGCGUGGCCAUCCUCGAGUCGUGCGGCAUCGCCAAGGCGCUGGCUGCCAGGAAUGGCUAUGCCAUCGAUGCGAACCAGGAGCUGUUUGGACUGGGCAUGGCGAACGUGCUGGGGUCCUUCUUCUCCUCCUUCCCCACCACUGGCUCUUUCUCUCGCUCGGCAGUGAACAACGAGGUGGGCGCGCGCACGGCUAUGAGUGGGCUCAUCAUGGCGCUCAUGGUCGUUGCCACGCUGCUCUUCCUCACACCGGCUUUUCGAGACGUGCCCCAGUGCGUGCUGGCAGCAGUGGUGGUGAACGCUGUGCAUGGGCUGGUCGACCUUCAAGAGCCGCUGUUCCUGUGGCGAGUGGAGAAAAAGGAUCUUGUCUUGUGGCUCUGCGCCUUCCUUGGCACGCUGCUGCUGGGCCUGGAGACUGGUGUUCUCAUCUCGGUGGCACUCUCUCUCGUCUUUGUUAUUCACGAGUCUGCCAAUCCUCACAUGGCUGUCCUGGGUCGGCUCCCAGGCACGACAGUAUAUCGCAACGUGAAGCAGUACCGCGACGCGUACACGUACAGGGGCGUGGUCAUCCUGCGCAUCGACGCCCCCAUCUACUUUGCCAAUGUCGACUACAUCAAAGAGAGGCUGCGCAAGUACGAGCUGCAGAGGGUGGCGUGGUGGAAGGACGGCAGCAGUGGCAGCAGCGGAGGCCGGCUGGCGAGCAGCGGCAGCAGCGCGGGGGGCCAACGGACUGGCUGUGAUGGACCUGCGUUUCCUCAUCCUCGAGAUGUCCCGUGAGUGCUGCUGCUCGCUCCUCUCUUCCUCCCCUUCUAAGGGCUCGGAGUCGAUCAGCAUUCAUAGCAAGCAGCAGCGUGGGGGCCAAUGGACUGGCUGUGAUGGACCUGCGCUUCCUCAUCCUUGAGAUGUCCCUUGAGCGCUGCUACUCCUCUCUUCCUCCACUUCCAAGGGUUCUGAAUUGACUCAGCAAUGAUAGGCAGCAGCGUGGAGGCCAAUGGAAUGGUUGUCGUGGACCUGCACUUCCUCAUCCUUGAGAUGUCCCCUGUUACCUACAUUGACUCCACGGCUGUGCACCGCUCUCAAAGAGCUCUAUAACGAGUACAAGGCGCGCGACAUCCAGCUGUGCUUCUCCAACCCGUCGCCCAAAGUGAUGCUCACUAUGGCACGUGCCGGCUUUCCAGAUCUCAUCGGCCGCCAGUGGUACUUCGUCAGAAUACACGACGCCGUUCAG